CAGCCCGUGACACUGAUUAUUUCUCGAAGUCUGUCAAACCAAAACAAAAUUUGGAUGUGAAGUUGUAAUUACACUUACUUCUGUAAAUUUAUUUGAAAACUUUGAAAACUUACAACCAAUGGCCUGAUAAAAUAAACAGCUCAAUUGUACAUUGGAUGUAUAAAAGGGACUAAGUCACCAUAUGAAACACUUGCAAGAAUAAAAGACCAUCACUAAGCACACAGAAUUGAAGGUGAAAUCCCAAGCAUGAAAGAGAAUCCAAAUCCACCGAAGUAAUGAAAGGAUUUUUCCAUUCAUCAACUUAGUGGUGUGUAACCUUAAAGUGCUCAUGACUUUGUAUAACAGUAGUGGUGCAACAAUUGUGGAUGUAAACCUGAACUUCAAUAUUGCUUGGAGAAUUGAAAGAAACUCACUCUUAAAUUGAUGAUGAGACUUCAGGUGAGAAAACGCAGACAAGGAACAGCGAUGCAUUAGGAUGAAAUGACGGAAAAUAUAACGCCCUCAGUUAUCAGGACUUGAAAUAACAUUGUUAAAAAAGUGUUUAGGUGAGAUUAAGCCAUCAAUCAUUUGCCGCAUGAUGUGUCAAAAUGGUUACAAAUUUCAUCUAUUAUGAUUCAGACGGCUUCAUAAAUAAUGAAUGGAUCUCGAACUAUGUUAAAGAGAUAUAUCAGACAUGAAAAAAAAUGUUGUGUGAAUAAUUACUGCACCUUUGAUUUUCAAUGUUAACGUUAAUUAAUUACCAGGACUCAUUUAAGGAUUACUUGUGAGGCUGCGCAGCUCCCCUGUUUAAAAAUGCGAGUUCCAAGAAUGCGGAAGGUGCUUCGAUACUUGCUGAUGCUCGUGCUUGGAAUGUUUGUUCUGCUCAAUCUCAACAUAUUGGUCAACUUUCAUCCAGAAAAUAGAGAUGGAAAGAUGCUUGAGUACCAAGAGGUUGGGAACCACUUAUCGGGCGACAUUCCGCACGUGCAAACUGGGGACGCGGCAAAGAGAUCGAUCAUCAUCUCAAAAAACAACAAAUCACAAUUCAUCAUACCACCGAAUUCCUUUCAUAACAGCAGUGAUGAUAUACCUCAGAGUAACAUUGAUGCAGAAAACCUCACACAGAUCGAACAGGAAAUUACUCGAAUAAAUUCGGAACAAAAUAUUCGGAACUUAUAUCGAUAUGGGUUAAAACUAAACCAUGAAAGUGUUGUGGUCCUUGUACAAGUUCAUGAUAGACUGGAAUAUUUGCGUAUCUUGCUGGAUUCGUUACGCGAAGUUCGAGGCAUUGAUAAAACAUUGCUCAUUAUUAGUCACGAUGUGUAUUUGCCUGCGCUCAAUGCAUUGGUUAGAGAGGUGGAUUUUUGCCCAGUGCUGCAAAUCUUUUUCCCACACUCGCUCCAACUUCACCCAAAGUCAUUUCCGGGUGAAGAUCCAGAUGAUUGUUCUCGGAACAUGAAAAAGGAAGAGGCAGUAAAAAAGAAGUGCAAAAACGCUGCGUAUCCAGACAAGUACGGUCAUUACCGGGAGGCACGAUAUUGUCAGACAAAACAUCACUGGCUCUGGAAGCUUCACCAUGUGUUCGAGCAUGUACAAGUGAUGUCGAACUACGAAGGCCUGUUGUUACUGCUUGAAGAGGAUUACUAUGUGACGCCGGACGUCAUUUCCAUCCUCCAGAUGAUGUGGAAUCUGAGAAAAAAAGAUUGCAAGGAAUGCAAAAUUCUCGCGGCAGGAAACUACGAUAAAAAUCAAAACUAUGGAGCCAAUGCAGGAAAGAAAUUGAACAUCCAGUCAAAAAACGGCUCGGAAGUCAUAGGAGCUUUCAACUCACAGCAGGUCGAGGUAGCCAACUGGAUCUCAUCUCGACACAACAUGGGGAUGGCCUUCAAUGCAGACCUAUGGAACCAGAUCAAGGGUUGUGCCAAGGAGUUUUGUGAAUUUGAUGAUUACAACUGGGACUGGACUUUGCAACAUUUAAGUAGCAAGUGUAUUCCCAACCAGAUGAAAGUGCUCAAGAUGAAGGCUACACGGGUGUUCCAUAUGGGAGAGUGUGGUGUCCACCACAAGGGAAAGAAUUGCAAACCAGAGGAGAAAAAGAAAACUAUCCAAGGGAUAAUUGAAACAAACAGAAAGUACCUCUUUCCAAACACCGUUUCUAUAGGCGGGUAUUCCGGUCUACGGCUCCGCGACCCGAAGCCUAAUGGUGGCUGGGGAGAUCUCAGGGACAGACAACUGUGUUUAAGCUUUGUAACGAAUAGUUCGGAAAAGGUUCCUUGACCUAUAAAAAGGUUUUUUUAGGGGAUAAUUAACUGUUAUAGGCCGCAGACUGAUAGAUCGGUACCUUGACUUAUAACAAGGUUUUUUAGGGGAUUAUUUACCGUUAAUUAAGAUACUUGUUCGUUCAUGUGUGACAGACUGAUACAGUAGUCCCUUGAUUUUUUAGCAAGGGUUAUAAGGGGAUUAUUAACAGUUAUUUAAGAUACUUGCUCGAUUAUGGGCGACAGACUGAUAGAUCAGUUCAUUGACCUUUUUAGCAAUGGUUAUAAGGGGACUAUUAGCUGUUAAUUAAGGUACUUGUUCGGUCAUGGGCGACAGACUGAUAGAUCAGUUCAGGUCUUUAACAAGGAUUUUAGGGGUCCAUCUACUAAUUAAUUGUUCAAUCAUGGGUGAUAGUCUGAUAAAUAAGUUCAUUGGCUUUUAAAAAGGGUUUUAGGGGUCUAUAAACCUAGUCAUUUUUUAAUGAUAAAUUGUGAAUUUACCCUUAGCUUUUUGGGGUUUGAAACCGAGGAUAUCCGUGCGGUUGACGACCAUGUGGAAGUGUGACCUAAAAAAUUUAGCAUUUAUUUAUGUUUAUUUACAUACAAAAACCAUUUGAAUGAAGACUGCUGUUAGAAAGGGCGUACGGAAGUAGGCUUGCUCAUGCCUGAUGGUUAUUCAAUGACGAAAAGGACAUUGUAAAAGCAUUGAUAGUGUGUUUGAAUAUCUAUACAUGACAUUGUAUGUUAAGGCACCAACCAAGUGUGACAAAAACCAGUUUUGAUGAAAACCAUGAUUCAAGAUGUAUUCGGCUAAUCAAAACCUGUUUAUUUAUAGCUUUAUGUUGUCAAGGUAAACCUAAGGUCCAGUUGUAGAUAGUGAAUAAGGGUUUUAGCAAAUUUUUGAAAAGGGCAGGGUGCUGCCAAAAAGGGUCGCUGGGGUAAAAAAGGUCACAUUGUAUCAGGCCGUGAAGAACUGACAUAUUAAAAACUUGGCAAAAAAAAGUUAAAAUUGUAUUUAAUUGAAGUAGUUUACGUUUCAACUGUAAGAUAUGUUAAGGUUGUGUGUAUAUAUAACCACAUAAUAAGCUUUUAAACAAAACAAAGCAAAACAAAUGAUUAUCUAAGGCAUUCAAUAAUUUUAAGGCAGAAGGGGGCCCAUGCUAGUCGCCAUCAGGUCAAAAGUUAAAAAUGGACAGGGUGCACCACCAUUCUAUAUCUCUUCAGCUAAAACACUACCUACGCUUGAGGCAAUCCUUUGCUGCAAUACUGUUGAUUAAUGGUGACAAGAGGGCAGAGAACAAUGUACAACAAAAUACUGUUGUUCGUACACAUGUAUGUGUGUUGUGUUUUAAGGUCUGGUUCAGUUUAAAUUUAUCUUUGUGUGAUAUGAAUGCUAUAUUGCAAUGAUUUAUUAUAUGCCAUAGUCUGUUCAAUUACCGGUAGUCAGCUGUACAUUUAAUUCAUUAUAUGUUUAAUUAGUAAUGAAUAGCUUUAAAUUGGCAUAUCUGUGAUAUGAUAUGACUUACACUCUGUGUGUUUGUUUGUAUAAUAACAAAACUUCAGUGUAAAUUCUGACCACCAAAUGUUGCAAAGACAGACACAUAAUCCGCUGAAUCCAUGUUCCAUGUUAUUCCAAGUUUAAAAUGUAUUGCGAUGAAAAUAGGGGGGCUUUGUCCGCCUAUUAAAAAAAAUUGUCUUGGGGGAGAGAAUAUUGUCCGCCUUCAAGUUUACAUUGUAUUACCAGUAUUUAAACAUAAAGUCUUUCAAAAACACAGAUUUGUUUAUGUCCAAGAUAAACAUAAUCAUGCUGCAAGUUUUAACGUCGUGAAUGGAAAUAUGUCUGCCCUUUUCAGUAGCAAAGUUUUUAGUAUUUAAUCUUGGUAAUUUGAUAAAACAUUUUUUUUACAAAAUGCCAAAGAUACCAUUUUUGUAGUUACAAUUUCUGUAGGUUCAGCAUUUUUGCUUCUAUGUGAGAUGUCCAAUCAUUGCUCGACAUUUUGAUUAACAACAUUAUUUUCUCCUCAUAACUAUUUAUUCGGCAUUGUGCAUUUAGAUGUGGCUCCCCUUUAUGAUUUUAGUGAUUUUAAAAUUCCAAAACAGAAAAAAUGCAGCUUUGGCUUUCAGAAGUGAGGGCAUUGUUAUAUUUGUAGUACCAUGAAAAAAGGCAUUUUUUUACCACGGCUUGAAAAUCAACUGCUAUUUUCUAAUCUGUUCAGUAUUUCUCAUGUGUUUAUAGCGUUUUAAUCAAUUUGUUCAGAAUUUUUCCCUGAGCUUAAAGAUUUCAGAAAUGGUACAUUGAUUCAAAAUUCAUAAAUAUUUUAAUGCACUAGAAUGCCAUCUCAAUGCUAAUCAUAACAAAAUAAAUGCUUGUGUUUGGUUUCCCGACCUACCCUAACUUUUUUCUGCCAACCUUAUUUUAUCACUGCCAGCAGACAAAAAAACUCAAGUUUUACGGUAGUUUCUUGAACGGGAAAGAUGCAUAAAUGGACGACAAAAUGGUGAUGGUUUAUAGUGUGAAAAUAUUAUUAAGACACAACUUUACAAAAAAUAUUGGGAAUACAUUUUUGACCUUAUUACUUUGAUCAAUAAAAUCUACAUAUUCUGGUCUGAAAUAACACUUAGUCUAACAACCUCUUUGACGAUAUUGUUUUAAUAUUUUAUAAGAGUUAUCGAGCAGUGUGAUGUUCUAUUUUAAUUGAUAUUCAUUGAAUGAUGUAAUUGAUACCACAUUUUUCAUCAUCCUCAUUUGUUAUGAUCAGGUACUUUGUGUAAACUGAUAUUUGAUAGUAAACUCGGAUUAGGUCAAAGCUGCAUUCUCACAGACUGUUUCGACAACUUCAUUUGUUUUUAGCUCGACUAAUCGAAGAAUAUGGAGACCUAUACUACUCAACCCAGCGUCGGCGUCACACCUUGGUUAAGGCAAGCACACAUAGGUUAGUAUCUCAGCAAGUACUUGAGGUAUUGCAUUGAGACUUCAUAUGAUUGUACUCAACCAACCAUCCUACUUAAUUAACCAAGUUAUAUGAGGUAUUGCAUUGAGACUUUAUACAAUGGUACUCGACCAUCCAACCUACUUAAUUAACCAAGUUAGAUAACUCUAGUUUGCAUUUAAUGCAAAUAAUAGGCACUUAUUAUUCGACUUAGAAAUUCUGGUUAAGGUUUUGCAUGCAAGCACAUAUAGGUUAAUAUCUCAGUUACUACUUGAGGUAUUGCAUUGAGACUUGAUUCAAUGGUACUCAACCAUCCAACCUACUUAAUUUUCCAAGUUAGAUAAUUCUAGUUUGCAUUUAAUGCAAAUAAUUGCCCUUUAUUAUUCGACUUAUAAGUUCUGGUUAAGGUUUUGUGUGUAAGCACACAUAGGUUAAUAUCACAGCAACUACUUGAGGUAUUGCAUUGAGACUUUAUACAAUGGUACUCAACCAUCCAACCUACUUAAUUAACCAAGUUAAAUAACUCUAGUUUUCAUUAAAUUCAAAUUAUGGCCCCUUUUUUAUUCGACAUAGACAUUUUGGUUAAGGAUUUGCAUGUAACCACUUUUAAGUCAAUACCUCAGCAAAUACAUCAUGUAUUGCAUUGAAACUUUACACACAGGCUCCCAACCAUUUAACCUUCUUCUUUAAUCAAGUUGGAUUACUCUAUAUUUCAUAUUAUAUAAUUUUUGCCCCUUUCUUAUGCGACUUAGAAAUUCUGGUUAAGGUCUUGCAUGUUAGCACACAUAGGAUAAUAUCUCAGCAACUACUUGAUGUAUUGCAUUGAGAUUUUAUACAAUGGUAUUCAACCACCCAACAUAAUUGAAUAACCAAGAUAGAUUACUGUAUUUUGCAAAUAAUGGCCCUUUAUUAUUAGACUUAUAAAUUCUGGUUGAAAUUUUCCAUGUAACCACAUUUAUGUUAAUAUCUCAGCACAUCAUGUAUUGCAUUGAAAUCUAAUCUUAACAGUGAUCCAUGCAUGUUUCGCCAAAACUUUUCAAUCCAUACACUGAAAAGCGGCGGAAUAGUCGAGCGCGCUGUCUCUGUGACAGCUCUUGUUUGUCUUAGAAUGAGCCAAUUUUUGCUCAUAUAUCUGAGAGCCAGUGAUAUAAGACUACUGACAAAGGUUCAGAUCGCAUUUAUCAUAAUUACAUUUAUGACGUUUUAUUCCGAAAAACUCAAUUUUUUGAAAGUGUUAUUAAUGCUUAUAGCCACAAAAUUCAAUUUUAAAAACAGUCUCAUCCGAUAUCACUGGUUUUCAGAUAUGGACCCAAAGAUUGGUUCAUUCCAAGACAAAAAAUUAAAAAAAAGUUAUCAAAACAGUCAAUUUGACAAUGCAGCUUUUAAGAUGUUUAUAUAAAAGAACAUAUUUUUUUUGGGGGGGGGGGGGGGGGGGGGUGAGGGUCUCAAAACUUUAUCACAUUCAGUUUUGUUGUUUUUGUAACACUACAUGUAAUUUUAUAAGUUUGUUGGUCUCUGGAUUCAUUUUGUUAAUUAUAAAUGUGUACAUGUACAUGUAUACAAAUAAAUGAUAAAAUGACAGGUUAUACAUUUUUGAAAAUGUUACGGUGAAAAAAGUAAUUAUUAUUGAUACCAUAUUUGUGCUAAUAGAUGCACAGGGCAACUGUCAAAUUUAAUCUCCAGUGCACUUACUUAGAACCAAAACAUGGUAUUAAAUUUUAUGAUAUUAGUUUUGUUUAACCUACCCUAGUACAAUAGGGAAGUGGGUUAUAUAAAUGACAUUGAUGAUGUGCACUGGAAAUCAACACAUUUUCUGUCUGGUUAUAAGCGUUGUACAUACGCUAGAAUCAAACAAAAUAAACAAGUUCUUAUAUAGUCAGGAAAUAAACAUUGUAAAUAUGCUAGAAUCAAACAAAAUAAACAAGUUCUCAGUCAGGUAAUAAGCAUUGUACAUAGCUGUAAUCAAACAAAAUAAACAAGUUCUUUGUCAGGUAAUAAGCGUUGUACAUAUGCUAGAAUCAAACAAAUAAACAAGUUCUUUGUCAGGUUAUAAGCAUUGUAUAUUAUAUGCUAGAAUCAAACAAAAUAAACAAGUUCUUAGUCAGGUAAUAAGCAUUGUACAUACAUACAUUAUGCUAGAAUCAAACAAAAUAAACAAGUUCUUUGUCAGGUUAUAAGCAUUGUAUAUUUGCUAGAAUCAAACAAUAUAAACAAGUUCUCAGUCACGUUAAAAGCAUUGUACAUGUGCUAGAAUCAAACAAAAUAAACUUAAAAACAUAUGUCUGUGAUGAGUCAUUUCACCUCUUGAAGUCAUACACAUGUACACCACAUUCAGGUGAGCAUCGGUACCACCUCGUGGUGUUCUUGUUAUUUGACUACCUCUUGUAUACCAUGGAUAUUACAGGCAGGAAUCGUGGGGCACAAAGAAAAUGUCUUAUUAAUGCUCGCACAUCUUAAAAUACAUACCAUACUUUUAUCUUUGACUAUAUUGAUGUAGGAUCAUUGUUGAUAAAUUAUCAUGCCCCCCUUCAAAGAAGAGGGGUAUAUUGCUUUGCUCAUGUCGGUCGGUUGGUCAGUCCUUCGGUAGACCAAAUUUUGUCCGAGUGAUAACUCAACAACUCCUGGGCUUAUGGUUCUCAAACUUGACAUGAAGGUUGGGUCUGACCAGUAGAUGACCCUUAUUGAUUUAAGGGCUCAUCGGGUCAAUGGUCAAGGUCACAGUGACAAUGAAUGGUUAAAGGUUGUCCUUGUGAUAACUUGACAAUGCCUGCACCCAUGGCCCUCAAACUUAACUUGGAGGUUGGGCCUGACCAGUAGAUGACCCCUAUUGUUUUGGGGGGUCACUGGGCCAAAGGUCAAGGUCACAGUGACCUUGAAUGACAAAAGGUUGUCCAUGUGAUAACUCGACAAUGCCUGCACCCAUAGCCCUCAAACUUGACUUGGAGGUUGGGCCUGACCAAUAAAUGACCCCUUUUUAGGGGUCAUUGGGUCACAGUGACCUUGAAUGAUAAAAGGUUGUCCAAGUGAUAAUUCAACAAUUCCUGGACUUAUGGUCAUCAAAAUUGACAUGAAGGUUGGGCCUGACCAGUAGACGACACCUUAUGACUUUGGGGGUCAUCGGCCAAGGCCAAGGUCACAGUAACUUUUAACACAAAAAAGACAAAAACAAUUUUUCUCCCAGUGAUAUCUCAACUAUGCCUGAACCUAUGAGCAUCAAACUUGACAUGGAAGUUGGGCCUGACCAGUAGAUGACCCUUAUUGAUUUUAGGAGCCAUCGGGUCAAAGGUCAAGUUCACAGUGACCCUGAAGGCGAAAAUGUUUCGAGUGAUAACUUGUCAAUGCCUGCACCCAUGGCCCUUAAAUUUGACAUUUAGAUUUUUGGUGACCAGCUGAUGACUUAUAUGGAUUUUGAGGUCAUAGAGUCAAAGGUCAUGGUCAUAACACACUCUAUCCUCACACUUUCAAUGGUCAUAAUCUUAAAACUGCCUCAACGGCAUCCAAUGUCAGUGACAAAUCAGUUGUCAUUUCGGUCCAUGCAUAUUUCAUUCAAUUGUCCAUAUAAUCCUGACAACAUGGCGAUCAGGUGGCCAUAAUGUUUGACAAACAUCGCUUGUAAAGAAAAUAUCUGAUCCAUUCAUGCAUUUAUAUUUUGCAAUAUAAUUUUAUCAUAAUACACUUUUUCAGAUUUUGAAAUGAGUUUCUCUUAAGCAAAACGAUUCUCUGUUUCUUGAGAAACCAUUUCUGGCUAAUAAUUGUUCAAGUACUGUUUAAGUUUAAGUACAUUUAUUGGGACCUCACUCAUGUAUGACGAAAUAAAUGUGGCAAAUUAUUAGAACCGUUAAAACUAAGUUAUGGACGCCUGGAACUCUUCAACAAAUGUUGAUAUAUGCUCAAAUAUUGUCUUUAAAUCAACAAUUUUGAAAAGUGUUCAUUAGUAACACGAUUUAACAAAAAACUUGAAGGUUAAGUUAUCCUUUUGUCUGUAUAUGAGUCCUUGUUGGUGUGAGGUUUUGUUGGCAGUUUGUCAUUUUUUCCUUAACUGUACCAGUGUGAGUUGGCACUCCAACUAAAGCCAGCAUAUUUUCUUAUACUUUAAUUGUUGUUGUUUUCUGUAUUUGGUAUCAAAAAGUUGUAAUAUAAAUGUUGUCAGAUGCAUUAUUUUGAGGGAAAAUAUUGUGACAAGACAUGAGUGAGUUCCGUUCAAGAAAUAUUUUUUUGCUACUAUGUGCUAAAAAUGCAGCACAAUAUGGUUCAUUCAUAUUCAUUGGAAAUCAAACACAAGGAUAAUUUACAAAUCAAAUAUUCAUGUAAAUGUACCAUUUUAAAAAAUGAAUAUAGAAUAUGUUUGAUUUAGUCGUUUAUUUGCGUCCAUGUUUUACAUUGCAGUUGUGCAAUUAUUAUAUGUAGGCUUAGAGUAUUAUUAUUUAGAGUAUGACUAAUUUUCACAUCAUCGCUGGGUGUUUUCACAUGGUAUUGUCAUUGCUAAAACCAUUUUAUUUAAAAUAAAUGUCUUGUUUUUGUUGUUUAAAUAUGUGUAAAUGGGGAAUUACUUGUAUAUUAAUUUAUAUUUCUAUGAUGAUGUUUCUAAUUUUAGUUUGUAAAAAGCAACAACUAAUAUAUUGAUAAAUGAUGAA